GAGCUAACAACUUUUAAAGACACAUGGUACACACAAGGAGUCUCGGUUGUCUCGGACGGGUGGUCUAAUGUUAAACAUAACCCACUAAUCAAUGUUCUUGGUGUCAAUUCACGUGGUGCAAUGUUUAUGUAUGCAGAGGACUUUUUAGGGGUGGAAAAAACAGGUUCAAAAAUGGGAGAAAUCUAUGAAAAAAUGGAUAACAUGGUAGGAGAAAUCAAAGAUGCUAUGAUGGAAAAUAAGUACUCAUCUUCUUUUUCUGAGAUUCGAAGAAUUGUUUUAGAUAGGUGGGAGAAAAUGACAAUCCCACUUCAUUGUUUGGGUUUUGCUUUAAAUCCAAGAUUUUAUGAUAAAUACUACUUAGAGAAGUUGGCUCCUGGUGGCAUGGCAAGAAAAGCACCAAACGAUGACAAAGAAGUUGUACUUGGUGUUAUGGAUGCAUUUCAAAGAAUUGCUGAAGAUGCUCAUGAAGAUAAGGUAUUAAGAGAACAAUUUGCAACCUUUCAUAUGAAGAAAGGGAUUUACUCUAGGGCAGCAACACAAGCUGAUGCCGUGACAAUGGAUCCAAUUGAUUGGUGGGCAACAUAUGGAUCAGAGACUCCUGAAUUGGCGGAAAUAGCUAAGAAAGUUUUGUCUCAGCCAAUUAGUUGCUCUUCUGCAGAGAGAAACUGGAGUACAUACUCCUAUAUCCAUAAUGUCAAGAGGAAUUGCUUGAAUAGCAAGAGAGCCGAUAAACUUGUGUUUAUUCACUCGAAUAUUCGACUUCAGUCGCGCUUUUCAGAGUCCUACAAAUCAGGCCCUCACAAAAACUGGGACGUGAAUCCUGAAAAUACAUACAUAGAAGGUUCAAGUGCCCGCCUUGAAGAAAUGGUUUGGGAAGACCUUGAUGAUGAAGGCUUUGACAAUGGGAGAGGAAAAAGGCAGCGUCUAGAUUAGAAUAUUUUAGAUGAUGUCUUGUUUUUCACUUUUUCAAUUGGAUUUUGUAAUGUUAUGCACUUAUGCUCAUCUUAUCUAUUUUUGUUUACUUAUGUUCUGACUUUUGGUACACCGAACCGAAUACAUGGUACACCGUACCGCUUCGUACCACUUCGUACCGAAAUGAACCUACCCCCCUUCG